GCCAAUGAGUUAUUUUCUGAACUGUCGAACAAAUUUCUACGAUCGUUCUCAUCAAAGUUAAGGCUUCGUGAAGAUGGCAACAGUAGCACAACUAGAGAGGUUGACAAAACGCAAUAUAGUUCAACGAUUGCAGAAUUCUUCAAUGAAUUAAAUCCUCUAAAACAUAAUUAUUUCAUGAAUGUUUAUAUUUCGCAAAAAACUAACUAUUUGAAAACAAUCCACAGAAUUUUAUAUACCAGUGAUUAUAUUACACAUAAUGUACCUGGAAAUGUUGUAUACCCUGGAAUUAAUUUGGCUGCUUCAUUUUUAAAUCCAUCAUUUCUGGAUGCAUCAAAUUCCAUGUCGGAAAAAUAUGCAAUUCUUGGUUGGUUGAUUAGUCGUAAACUAGUGUCUGGAGCUCUCAAUAAUAAAGAGUUGGAUGAACGACAACAGGUUCAGUUGUCGUGUGGAUCAACUAAUGCAUUACCGAUUGAAAAUCAACUGUGUUGUUUAUCUGGACGGAAAAGCUCUCAAGAGAUUGAGAACAAAAAUUUGAAGCUACUAUCAGCUGAUAUUAAUGGCCUUAUGUUAGCAUUUUCAAAAUACGAAGAAGAAAUUAUGAAGAAUAAAAUGGAUGUUUUGCAUGAAAAGAAAAUGUUUUUCGAAGCAUUCGGUAAAGUAAUGUGUGAAGACGUCUCUCCUGAUCUCACUGAUUACAAGUUACAGUCGUUUCCUCAAAACUAUAAAUUCAGCGUAAAUGAAAUUCUGAAACAUAAUGAAGAAUUCGCCAAAACAUACGGAUGUCCAUUCGGUACAAAAAUGAAUCCUCGGAGGAAAUGUAUUCUUUGAGGAAAAAAAAGUUAUUGUCGAUGCGUAUAAGUGAUAUUAAUUGUUUUGCAUGUGUCCAUGUUAUUUUGUUUUGAUAAAAAUUUAGUGUGAUUCUCUAUCUUCUUAU